UUUCUCAAUUCAAUCCACUAUGAUUUUGAUCUUUCCAAACUCUAAUCAGAACCAAGCAAACAUGCUUGCUCUUCCACUUUUCUUUUUCUUAUUCUUAUCAUCUAUUCCGAUUCUAACCAGUGGUUUAACCCUCGACUUCGACCUUAUUCACCGUGAUUCACCAUUAUCGCCAUUUUACAAUUCCUCAAGCACCUUAUCAGAACUCACUCGACAAGUUAGGUUGCGUUCCAUGGUUCAUCAUCAUAAACGUCUUCAUCAUCACCUUCAUACUGACAUACUUCCCCCGAUUUUCUAUGGAGGUCAAGGUGAGUACCUUAUGAGAAUCUAUAUUGGUUCUCCACCAGUUGAGAGUUGGGCUAUCGUAGACACAGGAAGCGACCUUAUAUGGGUCCAAUGCUUACCAUGUAAUACGUGUUAUCCUCAAAACUCACCCAUCUUUAAUCCCUUUAAGUCUUCUACCUAUAAGAUCGUGUCGUGUCAUUCAAAACCUUGUACGUUCUUUAAUGGCCAAUCUGACUGUGGAUUCUCAACACAAUGCGUGUACAAAUAUGGAUACGGGGAUGGUUCAAUUACCACCGGAGAUUUUGCAAGAGAUGUGUUCAGUUUUCGAGGAAAAUCUGAUUCGUUUCAGAGAACUUUACUUAUAGGAUGUGGGCAUAACAAUACUGGGGCAUUCUCAGGUAAGGGCUCAGGGCUUGUGGGGCUUGGGAUGGGACCUUUGUCUUUAGUUUCUCAGUUGGGUCCUGAGAUUGGUCACAAAUUCUCUUACUGUUUAGUUCCUUACUUUUCAAAAUCCAUUGGUAAACUGAAAUUGGGUAAGGAGGCAAAGAUAUCUCAUCAUGGGGCUGUGUCCACCACUCCAUUCGUAACUGAUUCUGACAGUAAAACAAAUUACUUCCUCACUCUUGAAGGUAUCACCAUUGGAAACAAGACAUUGAAGAUUGGUCCCAAAACAGAGGGGAACACACUUAUUGAUUCUGGGCAGACAUGGUUCUUAAUUGAAUCAAGCUUUUACACAAAGAUGGAGCCUUUGAUAAAGAAAGCUAUUAGGGUUAAAGAAGUAAAGAAACCUCCUGAGCCAUUUGUCUUGUGUUACUCAAAUAAGUAUUCUGAAACUAUCAAGAAGAGGUUUCCAAAGUUUGUGGUUCAUUUUAAGGGUGCCGAUGUAGCCUUGAAGCCACAUCAAAACAUAUUCUUUCAUCAAGAUCAUUUGCUCUGUUUAGGCAUAAUCCCAAGCAUUCUGUUUGACUAUGGAAAUUUGCCACAGGUUAAUUUUCAAGUGGAACAUGAUAUUGAAGCCAGAAAGAUUUCCUUUGCUCAUGUUGAUUGUGGAAAGCAUUAGAAGAAAUAUAUAAUUAUAUGAUAAAUAAAAUAAAUAAGAAGCUUGGCGCCUGCAUGCCGACGUGCCAACAAAUACAUAGCUCAAGUUUGAAGUAUUGUUGGAGAUAUAUAUAUAUAUAUAUAUAUAUGAGGUUUGAUUUGAGUUUGGGGAGAAUGAUAAUUGAAGACCCUGUAAGAAAAUUGAUGUAAAAUAAAAAUAUUUGAGUUUAAAAUUCCUGAUAUUUUGGAAAUUCAUGAUAUUUCAAUUGUAAAAAGUCCUUGAUAUUUUUCAAGGAUCCUUAUUUGUCA